AUGACCAGCUCAGAGGGCUCCAACUGCCACAAACCAUCUUAUCACCAGCGAAAGGCUGCGCGUGGAAAAUCAAGUCCCGCCGUCCUUCAACAAUCCUCCAGACCUUGCCAUCAACGAUCUCGAGAUCGUCAGCAGCGCCCAGCAGAUGACUACCCAGCCGAAGACCAUGAAGCCGAAGAAGACACAAGCGUCGAUCACAUCUGCAAGAUGAUUGACGAGACGCUUGAAGCGCUCGAAGGCAAGCAAGACGUCGGCGUGUUUUGUGUUUGCAAUUCGACAUGCGAAUGUAAAGAAACCUGCGCGACCGCCACCAAAGACAAAGCAUGUCUCUGCAAGUGCUACGAAAGAAUGUGGCCAAUGGUUAGACGCGAGCAGCCGCAGAACGUCGGCAACCAACCUCAGGCCCGCGUGCAAGAAGAGCGCCCAAUCACUCCCAGGAGCGUCUCUGUGUAUAGCCAAUCAUCAAUCCAAGCAAGCCCUCAGGCACAGGAGCAGCAGGAGAUUCGCACUCCUGACAACAAUCAUGCGUCUCUCUCGACGCACGGCACCUGGAGUGCCAGUCGGGCAGAGCUCUGGGCCCGCCUUUCUGCCCCGGGUCCGCCCACCCCAACGGCCUCUGCGAAGCCCAAGGCGGGCAGGGGUUAG